AAUGUUUUGAACUGGUCCUACAAUGGUUGGUGGAUGCAAAAGUAAAAGAAAAAGAAAAAGGCUGCUAAGAACUGCUCCUACAAUGGUUGGUGGAUGCAAAAGUAAAACAAAAAGGUUGCUUCAGAAAAAGGAAAUGGAGAAGGAAACCCAAGUUCAAAUUCCAAGGGUGAAGCUGGGUACUCAAGGAUUGGAGGUCUCUAAAUUGGGGUUUGGUUGUGGAGCACUCUCUGGUAUGUACAAUGCUCCUCUCUCGCAUGAAGAAGGGUGUUUUGUUUUAAAGGAAGCUUUUUCUAAGGGCAUCACAUUCUUUGACACAUCUGACCUUUACGGCGAACUUUACGAUAACGAGAUCAUGAUCGGGAAGGCUUUGAAGCAGCUUCCGCGGGAUGAAGUGCAAUUAGCAACAAAGUUCGGGAUCCGUGUAUUAGAAGGAUUUAACUUUGAGGUGAAAGGGACCCGUGAAUAUGUUCGAAAAUGCUGUGAAGCUAGCCUGAAUCGACUCGGUGUGGACUAUAUCGAUCUUUACUACCAGCAUCGUGUCGAUACUUCAGUCCCUAUAGAGGAAACUAUGGGGGAAUUGAAGAAGCUUGUAGAAGAGGGAAAGAUAAAAUAUAUUGGUCUAUCUGAACCUAGUGUUGAUACCCUUAGAAGAGCUCAUGCUGUUCAUCCUAUAUCAGCCUUGGAAAUGGAGUAUUCCCUCUGGUGUCGUGAGAUCGAAGAUGAUAUAAUUCCAGUCUGCAGAGAGCUUGGUAUCGGGAUCGUAGCCUAUAGUCCGCUUGGACGAGGUUUCUUUGGUGGGAAAGCAAGUGUGGAGAGCUUGCCUAGUGAAAGUAUUUUGAAAAUGCAUCCGAGAUUCUCGGGGGAUAAUUUAGAGAAGAACAAGCUCGUUUAUGCUCGUUUAGAAAACUUGGCAAAGAAGCAUAAAUGCACCCCUGCUCAGCUAGCUCUAGCAUGGGUGUUCCAUCAAGGGGAAGACAUAAUUCCAAUCCCUGCUACAACAAAGAUUAAAAACCUUGAAAGCAACAUUGGGUCCUUGACAUUGAAGCUGACGAAAGAUGAUUUGAAAGAAAUGUGUGAUGCAGUGCCAAUUGAAGAAGUGAAUGGUGAAAGAGAAUAUGAUGUUUUUUCUCAGUAUUCCUAUAAGUUUGCAAAUACCCCCAAAAAGUGAUUGUAAAUGUAAAGCUAAAUUGCUAGAAUCGAAAAGCUUAUGCCGAUCCAUGAAGACUAAUCUUUUCGAGAUUCAUGAUUGUUCCAUCCAAUAAUAUUAUUUCCAUGAUUUGAAA